AUGUCCCACGCAUCCCUGGUCCUGGAGAGCAGGGUCCCGGCGUCCACCCGCUGCUCGGCUCCCCGGGGUCCCAGGAAGGGCGGCCCAGCCGUGGACAGGAAGGAGAAGGCUGCAGCGAUGCCUGACUCCCCCGCUGAGGUGAAGACACAGCCCCGGUCCACGCCCCCCAGCAUGCCGCCCCCUCCACCCUCUGCGUCCCAGGGCACCGCGCGGCACUCCUCCUUCACACCCCACACAAUAAUGAACGGCAGCAGCCACUCGCCGACAGCCAUCAACGGCACCCCGUCCACGCCCAAUGGCUUCAGCAACGGCCCAGCCACCUCCUCCACGGCCUCGCUGUCCACACAGCACCUGCCCCCGGCCUGCGGGGCACGGCAGCUCAGCAAGCUCAAGCGCUUCCUCACCACCCUGCAGCAGUUCGGGAGCGACAUCUCCCCAGAGAUCGGGGAACGCGUCCGCACGCUGGUGCUGGGGCUUGUGAACUCUACACUGACCAUUGAGGAGUUUCAUUCCAAGCUUCAGGAGGCCACCAACUUCCCACUGCGCCCAUUUGUCAUCCCUUUCCUGAAGGCAAACCUGCCCUUGCUGCAGCGUGAGCUCCUGCACUGCGCCCGCCUGGCCAAGCAGACCCCUGCCCAGUACCUGGCCCAGCACGAGCAGCUCCUGCUGGAUGCCAACGCCUCUUCCCCCAUUGACUCCUCGGAGCUCCUGCUGGAAGUCAAUGAGAACGGCAAGAGGAGGACUCCUGACAGGACCAAAGAGAAUGGGUCAGACCGCGACCCGCUGCACCCUGACCCCCUCAGCAAACGGCCGUGCACCCUGAGCCCCGCCCAGCGCUUCAGCCCCAGCAACGGGCUGCCCCACCCCACGCCGCCACACUACCGCCUUGAGGACAUGGCCUUGGCCCACCACUCCCGUGACUCCUAUCGCCACCCUGACCCCCGGGAGCUUCGGGAGCGCCACCGGCAACUCAUGGUCCACGGGUCACGGCCAGAGGAGGUGAUCGACCACAGGCUCACGGAGCGCGAGUGGGCAGAGGAGUGGAAGCACCUCAACAACCUCCUGAACUGCAUCAUGGACAUGGCCGAGAAGACACGGCGGUCACUCACCGUGCUGCGCCGGUGCCAGGAGGCGGACCGCGAGGAGCUCAACCACUGGGUCCGGCGCUACAGCGAUGCUGAGGACACCAAGAAGGGCCCCUCGACCACCACCGCCCGGCCACUCAGCAGCUCCUCAGGAGCAGAAGGGUCUCAGCUAGAUGUGCACCGGGAGUUCAUGCCCAGGACCCUCUCCAGCUACAUGCCCGAGGAGAUUUGGAGGAAGGCUGAGGAGGCGGUGAAUGAGGUGAAGCGGCAGGCGAUGUCCGAGCUGCAGAAAGCUGUGUCAGAUGCCGAGCGGAAGGCCCACGAGCUCAUCAGCACAGAGCGCGCCAAGAUGGAGCGGGCCCUGGCCGAGGCCAGGCGGCAGGCCUCCGAGGAUGCCCUCACUGUCAUCAACCAGCAGGAGGACUCCAGUGAGAGCUGCUGGAACUGUGGGCGCAAGGCCAGCGAGACGUGCAGCGGCUGCAACGCAGCGCGCUACUGCGGCUCCUUCUGUCAGCACAAGGACUGGGAGAAGCACCACCACGUGUGCGGCCAGAGCCUGCAGGGCCCCUCGGCCGUGGUGGCCGACCCGGUGCCAGGACAGCCCGACGCCGCCACCAGCCUGGGCCCCUGCCUGCCCACGGGUGCUGCCAGCCCCAGUGAAGCUGGCUCCACAGGGCCCUCUCGCCCUGGCUCCCCUGGCCCCCUGGACGCCGCACCCCGCUGA